AUGCAAACUAAUCGCUUUUUUCCCCCAUUUCUCUGUCUCAUUUCUUCUCUCCUCCUUAAAAGCUCUCCCGCGAACUACGAACGCAGAGAGGUGCUACGCAAAACGUGGGCCAAAGAGAGGUUGCAUAACGGUGUGUGGAUUCGACGGAUCUUCAUCUCAGGUACGUCAGGUGGUGGUUUUGAAAAGGAAAGACUGAACAAGCUUCUCGAGGUUGAGCAACAUGAGCACAACGACGUCCUCCAAUGGGAUUUCAGUGACACAUUUUACAACCUCACCUUGAAGCAGAUACUCUUCCUGGAAUGGAUGGAAAGAAACUGUCCGAAUGCUCGCUUCCUGCUAAACGGUGAUGAUGACGUCUUUGCCAACACGGGUAACAUGGUUGAUUACCUGCAAAGCCUCAAGGACAAUGAUGGAAGCAAGCACCUCUUUACUGGCCAUCUGAUCCAAAAUGUGGGACCCAUUAGAUCAUCAGGCAGCAAGUACUUUAUUCCUGUUCAGGUGCAGGAGUCAGACUCGUACCCUCCUUACUGUGGUGGUGGGGGCUUCCUGCUCUCUGGCUAUUCAGCCUCAGUCAUACACAGCAUGUCGAAAUCUAUUAACCUUCUUCCCAUUGAUGAUGUUUACAUGGGGAUGUGUCUACCCAAGGCAGGACUCGGUCCUGUUUCCCAUAUGGGCUUCAAGACUGCUGGACUGCACAUCCCAUCAAAUAAAGUAGAUCAGUAUGACCCCUGUUAUUACAAAGACUUUUUACUAGUACACAGGUUUCUCCCUGCUACAAUCUAUUUUAUGUGGCAUAAAAUACACGAUCCUAAUCUAAAAUGUGCUGAUAAUAGAUUAUAGAAAAGAUAAAGAUUCAAAUUUUCUUUGCCUAUUUGUUAAUCCCAUAUCUGUCUGAUCAGUGUGAUAAAAAACAUUCUACUAGUACACUAAGAUUAAAAACUUCAAAGACAUUUCUUAUAAUAUCCUAGUGGAGUAAAAGCACAGAAGCAUUUUUACUAUCAUAUUACUUCAUUGUCCAAAGGCCGUAAAGAUAAACCUACGGGGCCAAAGUUAAUGAAGAAGAGAAAGAGACAGAAAAAAAAGCAAACUAUAAUAAACACAUCUGAAUGUACUUUGUGGUACUUCUCUCUAAUCUUUGUUGCAGUUUGUUUAUUAUAGGAAUAAAAUAAUGCAAGUUUUAAAGAGAGAGUCAC